CAUCCUCCUCUCCCACCCAGCACAGCCCACCCCACGCCCACGUCUACGCCGACAUCAUGGCGCCCAUCCCUCCCAUACUCCUGCGUCUCGCAGCGCAGAUGGUCUCACAGCAUCUCGCCCGUCGUCUCGCCGCAUCGCCCGUCUUUCAGUCGGCCGUGCAUCGGCUGCUGCAUGAGGUCGACCACCUGCCCACGCGCAUCGGAGGCGGCAAGGUGCCCGAGUACAGACAUCCGGAUCCGCUGCAGAAGAGCGUGGCGGACCAUGUGCGCGAGGCAAGAGAGGCCGACCCUGGAGAGCCACACGACGAGCCUUCUCCCUUCCCCUCCUCCUCUCGCACUUCCUCCGCCUCUCCACCGCCUCGUGCACCGCCGACUGACGGCGGGCUUCGCGACUCUCGCGGCUCUCUCCGUCCCCGCACACCACGGGACGAAGCAUGGGCACAAGCACAAGCCGCCGAGAAGCAGAAGGAUGAAGCGAGGCUUGAGGACUUUCAAGUGCGCGAGCGCGAGUUGAGCGAGAUCUUGAGAUUGCUUAGGGAGAAGAAGGAACGCGAGGGCGGAGAAGGGAAGCAAUGAGGAGCAGGCGAUGAUCACGCACCGCCAACGGCCCUGCUACUUUCCACCUUCAUUGAGCCUCUAGCGCCGUCGAACUGGGGUGCUCUCUGCCGGACGUCGCCGUCGCCGCCGCCGCCGCUCUUGCGGGCCGCCGCGGCGCACGGCCUUGCCGCAGCCGUGAGUCUGGGCGGCCUUGCUGCCCUUUCUUCCCUCCGCGCGGCGACGGCGGCGGAUGUACUACUAGCCUCUACAUUUGUAUUAUGCACAUCGGUUCACCACUCAGCUGGCGGCGCCGUCGAUCGAAGGCACGUGCGUGCCUGUAGCGGCGGCCUCCAGACCUUCAGGCCAGCUAGAGAAGAGGGCGAGAGAGGAGCU